AUGCAGCCCAAGAUCAACACGUUCUUCAAGCGCCAGGCCACGGGGCCGGAUCAGAACAGCGAAGCGGCGGAGGCGAAGAGGCCCAAGAGCUGCGGCGACGGCAAGGUCCUCAACAAGAAGAGGAACUACGGGCAGUUCCACCUGGAGCUGGGGCAGCCUGAUUUCCUCCUCCAUAUGUGCGCGGUCUGCGGCAUGAUGUACGCCCGCGGCAACGACGAGGACGAGAAGGUCCACAGGGCAUACCACAAGGGCUACUCCGAGGGCGUCCCGUUCAAGGGUUGGCGCAAGGAAACCGUGGUUAUGAGGUCCGAGGGCGGUGACCGGAUAAUUCUAGCAAGCGGUGAAAAUUCCUGUAUACGGAACAGCAAGGUUCAGGAGGUGAUCAAAGUGGUGGAGAAGGAGCUGGGGUUUGGUGAAGGCCAGCUCCUUCAUAAGCUCUGCAAGGUGUAUCUGUUUGUAUCUGGUGGGAGGAUAGCGGGAUGUCUAGUUGCCGAACAGAUAAAAGCAGCACACAAAGUUAUUCCAAGCUCUGCAUCGGAAAACCGAAGCAAUUUGCCGGACAGUAAAACUGAAUCAGCACAGGCAAACCAUACAUUGGAGUUUGGGAAAAUAAGCUUCAAGAGGGAAGUCUUGCGGCGGCAUAAUCACCCCGACAAGAGCAAAGAAGAGUGCCAGGGCCCUGGCGCCAUAGUCUGCGAAGAAGAAGCUGUGCCCGCGCUAUGCGGAUUCCGGGCAAUCUGGGUGGUGCCAUCACACAGAAGAAAGGGAAUAGCAUCGCAGCUAGUGGAUGCAGCACGGAAAAGCUUCUGUGAAGGCGGCAUGUUGGGGAUCGCACAGUGUGCUUUCACGCCACCAACCUCUGAAGGGAAGGAGCUAGCGUCGAGAUACUGCAAGACCAGUGCGUUCUUAGUGUACAGAGAUGGAGAUCGCCUCUUUGACGAGGUGCACACCGGUACUGCUCAGCUCGACGGCGUGUAUAGGGCCUAUGUGGUCCUCCCCAAGGGCGACGACAUCCCCUCGCCGGGAGUGUUCGGGCCGGUUUCAUUUAAGAAUGGCGAGGUGAAGAUCCAAUUUAUAGGUACAAAAGGGGAAGUGGAAAUGGACCCCUCAAGGUUAAAUUUCAGAAAAGGAAUAUUUCAGGAAAAGAUCAAUAUUGGAUCCAUGGGAAACGUGUUGUCGUUUCAAGCAAUGACCCUAAACCAUACAAAGAUGACAAGGGUGAAUGCAAUCCUAGAAAGAGCAAACGGAUGGGCAGUCCAGAUCCAUAAAUUUACAACCGCAAAUAUUAAUGAGGAUACACUUGUUAGUUUGUACUCCCUCCGUUCCCGAAUAUAA